AUGCAGCGCAAGCAAGUAGACGAGCGCAUUGGCGCACUCAUUCGAAAUGGCCUGCAGGAGAAGAAGAGAAGCUUUUUCGUCGUGGUUGGAGACCAGGCCAAGGAUGUCAUUGUCCGACUUCAUUAUAUCAUGUCCAUGGUAGACAUUAAGCAGAACAAGUCUGUCCUGUGGGCAUACAAGAAGAAGCUGCUGGGAUUUACAAGCCACCGAAAGAAGCGAGAAGAUAAAAUCAAGAAAGAAAUCAGACGCGGAAUUCGAGAAGCAAACUCUGAGGAUCCAUUCGAACUGUUUGUCUCUUUGCACAACAUCCGCUACACCUACUACAAGGAGACCGACAAGAUCUUGGGUAACACAUAUGGCAUGUGUAUUCUGCAGGAUUUCGAAGCCGUUACGCCCAACAUUUUGGCUCGGACGAUCGAGACUGUUGAGGGUGGUGGUCUAGUCAUUAUGCUGCUCAAGGGAAUGAACAGUUUGCGACAGCUCUACAACUUGUCUAUGGAUGCCCACUCAAAAUACCGGACGGAAGCACACGAUGACGUUGUGGCAAGGUUCAAUGAGCGUUUCCUACUAUCUUUGGGAGGCUGUGAUUCUUGCCUGGUUAUCGAUGACGAGCUGAAUGUUCUUCCCAUUUCGGGCGGCAAGAAUGUCAGAGCUCUGCCACCUCCGGAUGCCGACCAGCCCAAGUCUCCGCAGGCGCUGGAACUGGAGUCCAUCAAAGACGAUCACCAGGAGCGCCAGCCGGUUGGAUCAUUGAUCAAUCUCGCAAGAACAGUUGAUCAAGCAAAAGCCCUGCUGACUUUCACGGACGCCAUUGCUGAGAAGACGCUGCGAAGCACUGUUGCGUUGACAGCUGCUAGAGGACGAGGAAAGUCGGCUGCCAUGGGAGUUGCCGUGGCCGCUGCGGUGGCAUACGGAUACAGCAACAUCUUUAUUACGUCGCCAUCUCCUGAAAACUUGAAGACGCUUUUCGAGUUUGUCUUCAAGGGCUUUGAUGCUCUCGGCUAUGCUGACCAUGCGGAUUACUCCAUCAUUCAAAGCACGAAUCCCGACUUCAACAAGGCUAUUGCCGAAUUGGUUGUCAUUGAUGAGGCAGCUGCUAUUCCUCUGCCUCUCGUUCGAAAGCUAAUGGGUCCUUAUUUGGUCUUCAUGGCCUCUACUAUCAACGGAUACGAGGGUACUGGUCGAUCACUAUCUCUAAAGCUUAUCAAACAACUACGAGAGCAAUCUCGACGGGCCGCAACGGACGACCAGACUGAAGUUGCCGACCGAUCCACUGGAAGGGCUUCAAAAUCGGAGGAAUUCCAAGCCAGCCGAAAACUACGCGAGAUUACCCUUGCAGAGCCAAUUCGAUAUGCUCAAGGUGACUCGGUCGAAAAGUGGCUAAACAAGCUUCUUUGCCUGGACGCAACUUUGCCCAAAGCUGGAUCCAGUGGUUCACCAGAUCCGAAUCUAUGCGAGCUCCUCAUGGUCAACCGCGAUACACUAUUCUCAUUCCAUCCUAUCCCUGAGGCUUUCCUCCAACAGAUGGUGGCACUUUAUGUUGCCAGUCACUACAAGAACUCACCCGAUGACCUACAGCUUAUGAGCGAUGCACCUGCGCAUCAGCUGUUCGUUCUCACGGCUCCGACGUCAGAGAGCAGUGGCAGACUUCCCGAACCUCUUUGCGUUAUCCAAGUUGCUCUGGAAGGAAAGAUUAGCAGACAGAGCGUGAUCAACAGCUUGAGCCGAGGAGAGAGACCCCAUGGCGAUCUGAUUCCCUGGCUCGUCAGCCAGCAAUUCCAGGAUGAAGAGUUUGCCUCGCUAUCUGGCGCCCGUGUCGUCCGUAUUGCGACCAAUCCAAACCACAUGGGAAUGGGAUACGGAAAGCGAGCGAUGCAGCUUCUCGUGGACUAUUAUGAGGGCCGAUUCGCGAACCUGUCUGAGGAAGAUGAGCAGAUCUUGGAGAAUGGUACUACUCGAGCGACGGACGCUGAGCUGGCCAAGGAAUCUCUGUUGGAGGAGAAAAUCACAGUCAGAGAUGAUAAGCACAUGGCUCCUCUCUUUUCCAAGCUGUGGGAGAAGAAGCCAGAGCGACUUGACUACAUUGGUGUCAGCUACGGCUUGACCAAGGAACUACACAAAUUCUGGAAGUAUUCUUCCUUUUCACCCGUCUAUUUGCGACAAACCGCCAAUGACCUGACUGGCGAGCAUACCUGCGUCAUGCUUAGGCCACUUGAUGGCAGCGGCGAUAAGACAUGGCUCGGUGCAUUCUCUAGAGAUUUCCAGAAAAGAUUCCUCUCUCUGCUUUCCUACGAGUUUAGGAACUUUGCCGCUUCUGUUGCGCUGAGCAUUGACCAAUCGGCAAAUACUGGUGCACAGCUUGAUGCCACUCCUCAGACUUCCUUGACCAAGGCUGAGCUGGAUGCCCUCAUGUCACCCUUUGAUCUCAAGCGACUGACAUCCUAUGCGAAUAGCAUGCUGGAUUACCAUGUCAUCUUGGAUCUUAUGCCUACCAUUGCGAACCUUUACUUCACUGGCAAACUAAAAUCCGAUGUCUCAAUGUCUGGUAUCCAGCAGGCUAUUCUCCUUGCCAUCGGAUUGCAGCGCAAGAGCGUGGAUGAGAUUGCUCAAGAGCUCCCUAUGCCAUCCUCGCAACUUCUUGCCAUGUUUAUCAAGAUUCUUCGCAAGUUCACGGCGCAUUUUAACUCUUUGGUUACGGCGGCAGCUGAUGCCGAGCUUCCAAGAGGCUCGAACAUUGGUGUCAGCCGAGAGAAUGCCAGUGGCGCCCACGAUGACGAAAUUGUGGACGAUCGAUUCGUUGCUCUUGAAACAUCUCUUGAAGAUGAACUCGAGGAGGGUGGUGACGAAGCCCUUAUGGCCUUAAGACAGAAGCAGAGAGAGAUGAUUGACUCUCUGCCUCUGGACCAAUAUGAGAUCGAUGGUGACGCACCAGCCUGGGAGGAAGCCGAAAAGCAAGUGAGCAGCGCCGCAAAAGACGGAAAGUCAAACGUCGUAGUCAGCGUCAAAUCAGCCAAGCAGAAGAGAAAGGCGGGCCAGACGGCGACGGAGAUCUACGAUCAAGAGUUUGGCGACAAUUCUCGGAAAAAGUCUAAGAAGGGGAAGAAGGGUAAAUAA